GGAGGUUGUCGAGCAGCAACAGUGUUGAGUCUCUGGAUGUGAGCCCUUGUGCUGAAGCGCGAGUCUUGGUCAUCAACACCGGAGGAACUAUCGGGAUGAUGUACCAUAAUAACGAUGUCUACACUAAAAAUUAGGGGUUCAACAAGGGUUCUUCUAAGAUCCUCAAAGUUCUUUGAAGAACCUUAGGGUUCUUGGCACUGAAAAUUGCCCCCAAAAGGUUCUUCUGAGAACCCCAUAUGAGGUGGGGUUCAUCGAGGAACCUCCUUAGUUGGUGGAUGUUCUUGCAGGAACCUAACUGCCCAACUGAAACAUUUGGAUUUGAAAGGACAGCAGGUGCAGGCACUUAACUUUAAAGAUCUCCUCAAUUUAAGGUAAGAUUUGUCACUUUUAUAUGAUCUAAAUUGAUAUUGUUUUGUGAUGAUACAAUCUGUAUCUUUAAAUAUUUGUGCAAAUCUUUCUAAACCAGAUAAUGGACACAAUUCAAUGGAUAUCAAUAAACAAAGAGGUAUACAGACGAUGAGGCAUACAAAGGUAUGUCUCUCGGUAUGUUAUGGAGAUCACAUGUACCAUCCUCCCUUGCCUCUUCAAUGAAAACCCCAUAGGCCUCUACAUUAUGGACAAGUGCUGUGCCCAGAGCCUAAUGUGUUUGUGAAGGCCCUGCGAAAGCUUCCCAACCUCCAUGAUGAGCAGUAUGCCCUGCAGACCCGUAUGUACGACUAUUACAGCACGAGUGGCCCACAGGAGAACACCCUUGUCCUGCCGAUGCCGACAGACCUCGCUGAUGAACUAUCAAAAAGGCUGUGCAAACAAAAUAAGAGGAUAGUGUACACUGUUUUAGAGUACAGCCCCUUGCUGGACUCUUGCAAUAUGACCACAGAUGACUGGGCUACAAUUGGGAAGGACAUUGAGAAACACUAUGAGAAGUAUGACGGUUUUGUCAUUCUCCACGGCACGGACACCAUGGCCUACACAGCAUCCGCUCUGUCCUUCAUGUGUGAGCAUCUGGGGAAGCCUGUCAUCCUCACCGGCUCCCAGGUGCCGAUCUAUGAGAUGAGGAACGAUGGAAGAGACAACCUGUUGGGGGCGCUGCUGAUCGCUGGUCAGUUUGUCAUUCCUGAGGUUUGUUUGUAUUUCCACCACAAGCUGUACCGGGGGAACCGUGUAACCAAGGUGGAUUCUGGGAGUUUCAAUGCCUUCAAUUCUCCUAACUUGGCUCCUCUGGCCAUUGCUGAAGUGGAUAUUAAAAUUAACUGGGACACAGUGUGGCGAGUGAACACAACCUCGCAGUUCAGAGUGAGCACUCAGAUGAACCGUAACGUGGGUCUGCUGAGACUCUUCCCAGGCAUCACUGCGAUGACCGUGAAGUCGUUCCUGCAGGCGCCCAUGGAGGGCAUUGUCCUGGAGACGUAUGGUAGUGGAAACGCCCCUGAUAACUGUGCUGACCUGCUUGAGGAGUUCCGAAAUGCCACAGAGAGGGGUGUGAUCAUGGUCAACUGCACCCAGUGUCUGAGGGGUUCUGUCACCACAUCGUACGCCACUGGAAAGGCCUUGAGUGACGCAGGACUGGUGGCAGGCUGUGACAUGACUCCUGAGGCUGCCCUGUGCAAGCUGUCCUACGUGCUGGCCAGGACGGACCUCAGCAUAGAGGCCAAAAGAAAGAUGCUGAGUCAGAACCUGCGGGGAGAGAUGAUCGCUGACCUGCAGGGGGCCAAGCUCACUCUGAGUGACAGUCGCUUCAUCCAGGUUAUCGCCAAGUCCCUGAGCAUCAGCUGUAAGGAGGAGCUAGAAGCCGUCCGGGAUGCUCUGACACCCACCUUAGCUUGUGCCGCUUCUAAGAUAGGAGACUUGGAGGCCUUGGAUGCCAUAAAGGAGAUGGGCAGUAACUUAAGUCUGGGGGAUUAUGAUGGACGUACCCCUCUGCACAUCGCUUCCUGUGAGGGCCACCUCAAUGUGGUGCAGUAUCUACUGAGCCAGGGCGCCACUGUCUACGCCAAAGAUCGCUAUGGGGACACACCCCUGCGCAAUGCUGUGCGCUUCAGACACAAAGAGGUGGUGAAGCUGCUGAGAAAGACUGGAGCUCAUUUCUCCAGGGAUGAGUUGGAGGAUGCCGGCUCAGAGCUGUGCAGUCUGGCAGCCAGUGCUGACAUCAAGGGCCUGGAGAUGUGGCACCUGGCCGGGGGAGACCUGGACACGCCAGGCUACGACGGGCAGACGCCGAUGGAGGUGGCUAAGGCUGUGGGGAAUGAAGUUGUGAUUGACUUCAUACACCAGGUCAGCCAGUCCCACGCCCAGGUAAGAGAUGGACUAUCAUCUAGCGUUACUGUUCUCCUCUGUGCUCCUCCAACAGCAUUCAUCUCUGCUUCAAUUAAGAGAGCUUAUCUCUCCGACCUGAGCUCACUGAAAUCAAACAAAGUGAAUAAUAUUUUACUGUAUCGGGUCUUUGUCAGUUUAUAUUGUCUGACGAACCUAAACCAGUUCAGCACACUGUAUUAUCCACUUUUUUUCUAUCUUCAACUUGUCACUAUUUCCUGUUUAUUAAAAACCUCCUAGUCACCACUGUUUUUCCUCAUCAGUCAGAUGUAAGUAAUGAGGUAAUCCAUCUUCGGUCAUUUUACUUUUCAACACGAGAAUGAGUCUCAUCUCAUCCCUGUAUAUUAAUAGAUUUGACCAAGUUUAGCAAUAUAUUUACGACAACUAAAACAUUACUACGAUCCAUGAUUGUGAAUGAAUGGUGUGGCAUGAAGCAUCCAAGAGGUAGCCUAUGAAUUAGAUUUGACAUAUAGGCUAGAAAACCAUGUAGGCUACAGAAUAGGGAUGUAGUUUCAUUCACGUAGUUUCAACUUUGCCAUGUGCUCCAAUAACAUGUUUUUUUGCUUAC